AUGAUCAAAACAUCUUUGUGUACCUUCAUACUUUUGUGGCUCCCUCUCGUUAGUGCCCAGUAUGGAGGAGGUGGAACUUCCAGCGAUACUACUGGGACAACUGCAAGUCCAACAACCAGUGGUUCAGCAUCAAGUGCCACCCAAAUGGUCGAUGUUGGUGAGGAUGGCUUCACCUAUAAUCCCGAUACUAUCCACGUUGCUUCGGGAGGUGUAGUCGAGUUCCAUUUCUAUCCAGGCGAUCACUCGGUAGCUCAGGCUGCUUUUGACAACCCAUGCCAUCCUAUGAGCGAUACUAGCUUCUUCAGUGGAUUUAUGGCAUCUGCCCAUGACGGGUCGCCCGUCUGGAGCUUGACCGUUAAUGAUACAAAUCCGAUCUGGUUCUACUGCGGCCAGGUUGGACAUUGUCAAGCUGGCAUGGUUGGUGUGAUUAACCCGUCAGGCUCGGAUACUCUUGAUGCAUUCAAGUCGGCAGCUUCGAAUGCGAAUGGCGACAGUGUACCAUCCGUGGCCCAAGGUGGCAUUCUCGGUACCCCGAAUUCGAAGCCCACCGCCACCUCUAGCAGUAUGACUACUACCAGCAACCAGCCCACUACCAGCAGCCAGCCUACUACCAGCAGCCAGCCUACUACCAGCGGGCCACCAACACCAACCACCGCAGGUGGCUCCGGCCCUAGCGCCACGAAUAUGGCAGAAAAAUUGGGGGUUUCAACUGAUCUCAACGUCUUGUCCAUUCUUGCUUUAAUGGUGGCUAUGUUCCUUAUGUAG